AUGAAACUAGCAAUUGCUUUGUCGUCAAUCCUGCUUGUUUGCUCUGUUACUACAGCUAACCCAGUCAAUCCCAGUGCAACUACAAGCGCUGAACCUAGUUCUUCUACAGCUGCUUUUACUACAACCACAGAUUCCUACUCUAAUUUUUUGCCAGCUUCUAGUGUACAGGCUAUAAAUUCAGUUGAUCUUAGUAAACUUUCAGAUGAUGAUAAAAGUUUGAUGGGAAAAUAUCUAGAAACGAGUGAAAAUCAUAAAAAGAUGAAGGAAACGCAGAGGCCAGCAGAAUCUAAAAUUUUUGAUCAAAAAGCAUUGAUAGAACGUCUGGAUGAAAAACAUACGAAACUAUUGGGUAAAUCUCACAACAACGGUGGUUUCGUAGAAGAGCUCACAAAGCGCCUGUUUGGAGAUGAUCUGGAUCAAUCAUCAAUUGAUUCUUACAUAGCGUUUAUAAAAUUUAAUCCCAGAUUUAUUGAAAGCAUCUACAGCUCUCUUAAUCGCACACCAGGCCAGCAGCCAGGAACCGAGCAAGCCUCUACUAGUGGAACCCAGAAUCAAUCACAAUAUCGUGAAAAUCCAUCAUCCAGUACACAUGAAGCUCCCAAAUCUUCUCGUCCACAAAAAAAGUCUCGUUCUCAUGCAAAGAAAGCUUAUACCAAAAUUAAGAGUGGACUUGGAUCAGGUCCGAAUCAAGACAAUACAGAUCGCGAACCAUUGAUUUGA